AUGGAAGUUGAAUUACAUUAAUAAAUCCCUCCAUAACUCAAUGUACAAGUGGCAAUUAGGGUUCGUCCUUUCAAUGAAAAAGAAUUGAAGUAAAAAGAAGGGGUGUGUUUGGAGACAUCCGAAAAAUAAGUAACUCUUCUGCAAAGCGCUCGUUUGUUCACAUUCGAUUAUGUUUUUGAUUAAAAUGCUUGCCAAGAGUAAAUCUAUAGAAAGUGUGUGAGCAAUUUGGUUUAGAGGUGCUUUGAAGGUUAUAAUAGUACCAUUCUUGCGUAUGGGCAAACUGGAUCAGGGAAAACACACACUAUGGGUACUACAGGGAUAGAUUGUUUGUCAAAUAAAAAUAACUUGGGGAUGAUUCCAAGGGUUAUCACACACAUUUUUGAAGAAAUUGAAAAAAUAGACUAAGAAAUCCUUAUUUCAUGUUCAUACUUGGAACUAUACAAUGAAUAAAUAAUUGAUCUCUUGUUGGAGACUUCAAUAUCCAGUUAACCUACUAUCAGAGAAGAGAAGGAUCAUACAAUAACAAUAUUAAAUUUAACUACAAUAUUAGUAAAUAAUCCAAAUGAAAUGCUUUAAGUAUUAAAUAGAGGAGCUGUCCAUCGGACAACUGCAGCUACAUAAAUGAAUAUGACAAGUUCUAGAUCACAUGCAAUAUUUACAAUCUACUUUAAAAUAAAUCCUAAGGACGAUUCUGAGGAUGGUACCUUAAAUGCAAAAUUUCAUUUUGUUGAUCUUGCAGGAAGUGAAAGAUUGAAGAAAACUUUGGCCUAGGGGAAAACAAUGGAGGAAGGAAUCAACAUAAACCAAAGCCUUUUAGUCUUGGGCAAUGUGAUCAAGACUUUGAGCGAUUAAAAAAAGAAAAGUUAAACUCAUAUUCCCUAUAGAGAGAGUAAAUUAACUAGAAUAUUGUAAGAUUCUUUGGGAGGUAACUCCAAUACUUGUAUGAUAGCAUGUGUGUCUCCUGCUGAAAGUAAUUAUGAGGAGACUCUUAAUACUUUGAAAUAUGCUUCAAGAGCAAGGGAAAUUUAGAAUAAGCCAACCUAAAAUAGAGAUCCCCAUGCAAUUUAAAUUUUAAGUUUGAAAUAGGAGAUUGCAACAUUAAUUGAAUAAAAUAAACAGUUUUAAGAAUUGCUUCAUACAAAUGGAGUUAAAUUCGAUCAAAUUAAAAAAGUGUCAGUAUCACAGUAUUCUUCAAAUAUUCCACAUACUUGUGAGGAACAUCUAGAGAUAAUUCAAAAAUAGAAACAAGCCUUACUUGUAUGGGAACGUCUUGGAUCUCAGCAUAAAUUGGAGGUGCAAAAAUUACAAUCUUUAAUUAACGAUUUAGAAAUAGAAUUACAUAAUUUAAAGAAGAAAAAAGAUAUCAUUUUUAAACAAUUCUAAGAUGCUAAGAAAAUUCUGUAAAAGUUUAACAUUCCAUUCACUAAUUAUGAAGAAGAUGAUGAAAUUGAGGAUUUGUAUGACGAAGUUGAUAAACUAAAAUAAGAAACAAAGGAAAAAGAUUAUAAAAUUCUAACUAUGUAGAAGGAAAUAGAUGAGCUAUUACAGGAUGCACACAGAGAUCAAUACAUCUUGUGUAAAAAAUAGAAGGAGUUGAUGGUUCUUCAGAGGAAACUUGAAAAACUAGAUACAAGGGAUAAUUUUGAAUCUCCAAUCUAAGAUUCAGAAGUUGAUGAAGAAGUAAUUUGUAAUGAUUCCAUGAUCAAAGAGGCUAAUUAACAAAUUGAGGAGUUUGAAAGCAAUUUAUAGGUUAUGACAAUUAGAAAUUUUGAACUUAAACGGCAAUUGGCUGAAGAUAUGAAAAAGGAAUUUCAAUAACAAAUUUCUGUAUUAGAGGCUUAAAAGUCUUCAUUAAUGAAACAAGUAAAUUAGAAAUAGGAUGCUACUUAAUUGAAUGCUUUGAAAGUUAAACUAUAGGAAUAUGAAUCCAAGAUUGGAGAGAUGAGAUAAAAAGAAUAAAAUAUGAGACAGAUGUAAAAGAGAUUGGAAGAAUAAGAAAACUAGGUUAAAGAUUUAAAGAUAAAUAUAGAAAAAAUGAAAAAAUAGAAAGUAGAAUUAAUUAAAAAAAUGAAGUCAGAUAAUGAAAAGUAUAUCAAGGAUAAAGAAGAGAAAUAAAAAGAAUUGAUUUUAAUUAAAAAACUUAAAAUUUAACAAGAAGCUGCCUUAAGUAAGUUGAAAAAUGAAAAUUGUAAAAAAGAAGUACUUCUUAGAAGAAAGGAGGAUGAAAUAUUAAAGUAGAGAAAUGAGAAAGUUAUUGAAAAGGGGACAGGUCUAUCAUUUAAGAAAUCUCAAAAAGUGUAAGCUUAUGAUUCAAUGGAGAAAUAAAUAGAAUCUUUAUUCUCUUAGUUGAUAUCUGGAGGAUAGGCAGAAAUCUAAAUAUAAAGGGAAAUCAUCAAGUUGGAGUAGUUAUAAGAGGAAAUAAGUUAAAUAGAAUAGAAAAUUUGUUAGUUAUAAAUCAAGAGAGAAUAAACAUCAUUUGAUUAGAAUAAUAAAAAUAGUUUAAAUUAGAUAGAAUUAGAAUUGAGCGAUAUCAUAAUCAUAAGAGAAAAUAUAAAUGAGACAAUCGAUUAUUAGUUGCAUAAAAUAGAGUAAUUAAGAAAGAGUUGCAAUAAUUGUAAUGAAAUAUAUACAAAUUUCUUGACCAAUUCAGAAUUGAGAGAACUUCCUAAUUGGUGUAUUAGAACCUUUAAAUUUGUGAUUGAUAAUUGGAUUAAAGAUCAUUUGCAGAUGCAGAAUUUCAGCUAAUAGAAUGAUGAAUUUUAGCAAAUAAUUCAAGAAUUACAACAAUAACUAUAAAGGCCACUUUAGGAGACGAAUUGCAACUCACCUACUCUGAAAAAGAAGAUUGUCAAAUAACAAAUUUCUUCUUAACCUAGUGAUGCUUUGGAACUCAGAAAGUAGCUUAAUGAUCAAAAAAGAAAGUAUUAAUUCUUAUAGAAUGAAAAUAAAAAUAUGAUAUCGGAUUUAGAAUACUAUAAGAAAUUCUACACAGAACAUAUAAACAAAACAUAGAAGGAUAAAUGCAUAGGUUUAAAUGAUUAGGCUUAAAUUCCCUAGAGUUAGAGUUAUCAGUAGAUAAGGGAUGCUUAUAAAUUGGAAAGAACCAAACAGAAGGAAUUAUCCUUGAAUUUAAGUUUUUAAAAGCCAUACAUAUAAAAUUCUGCUCUCAAAAUGGCCAAAGUAUGUAAGUCAGAAAGAGAGGGAUAUACUGAUCCACUUAGUUAGGCAUAAGAAGAAUAAGAAUUAAGAUAUGAUGUAAUUAAAUCAAUACCUGGCCAUGAAAAUCCCAUAUUGUGUGUGUACACAAUGUAAAACCUAUUAUGUUCAAGUGCUUUUAGAUCUGUAAAGAUAUGGGAUAUGGAUGCACAAUCUCAUGUUGUAUCUUUGGAUGCAAACACUCAUGUUAAAUCGAUUUGUCAUUGGCCUGAGAGGAAUGCAAUUGCAGUAUCUCACGGAUCCUAAAUCUCAUUGUACGAUGUGACUUCGUUUUAACUAUAGAGUGUAUUGAAGUCGUCAAUUGAUGAAAUAAGAGUGAUGACAAGACACAAUGGCUUAUUAGUUGCAGGUGGAAAGGGCAUUAAUUAUGCUAUGAAUGUUUGGGAUGCAAGAUCAAAUAAUUAAAUUCAUGAAUUUGAGAAGUCAAGUGAUGUUAUGUGCAUACAACAGUCUGAUUAGACCUAGGAGUUAAUUUGGGGAACCUUCAAUCACAAUGUGAGGAAAAUGAUGAUGAACAGUAAUAAAUAUGGUUAGAUUGCAUAAAUGACACCUCCACAUUAUGAUAAGGUUACUGGAGUUGGUCUACUUGAUAAUUGGAUAGUGAGUUGUUCCUUUGGCAAAGGAAUGAGGAUGUGGAACUAAGUGAAUGGUUAAUAAGGAUAAGCAAAUUCUGAUAUCCAUAAAGAUUCAAUCUUAACUAUGGCCAUUGACAAAACCCUUAAGGUCAUGUAUACUGGAUGUAAGGAUGGAUAAAUUAAAGCCAUUAGGAUUAGUGAGAACAAAUUCUAACUUGUUAGUGAUAUUAGUGCUUCUGUCUAAUAAAUUAAUUCUCUAAAUAUCAUAAAUGAUAGUUCACUAAUUGUAAGUGGUGGACAAGAUAGAAUGAUUAAAAUAUGGAAGCCUUCUAAAUUUACUUUUGAUUACUUAAAAUAGUUUACUCCAAAUAUUGGGGAUUUCAUUAUAGAGGAAGAUCAAUACCUAUUUAGUUGA